AUGAGCAUCGCCGCAGCAGCACCAGAUGGGCGACCUAAAAGACACUUCUCAUAUAUCAAGAAUUUUAUCUUAACAACUUUCUUCGGAGACAGUCUCACUCCAAAAACACAAAUACCAAUCCUGGAACCAGAAUUUGAAUACGAGCUCUACAGAAUACCUGGUUUUAAUGACAUUUUAAUCAAAACAUUAAAAUGCAAGUCUGAUGAAUUAACAAUUGUAAACAAUUCAGGAGAAGAAAUAGAAAUUAAACCUUUUGAAUCUUACAUUGGAACGAAAAGCAUAAAAGAAACAGAUGGUGCAUUCCGAAAUGUGUACACGCUACUAUCAACGGGAAUAUUGAAUCAACCACAAAGUGACAUAUUGCAGGUUAUGGUUCCAAUAAUAAAUGGUAUGCAUUAUGAAGCUGGAGAAAAUAUAAAACCUUUUAGGGUACAUCCGAAAAGAAUUCAGCCAGUUAUUAUUAAUGAAGGUGAAAUUAAACAGUUUCCUCGUCAAAGGAACAUAAAUGGAUAUAAUAGUUUAAAAAGGCCAUUUGAAACUAUUUAUUUAUCACCACCACUGAAAAAGAGGUUGCCUCUUAAGAGUUACCAGGAAAGACAGACAGAUGAACAAAACAUUAUGAGUAAACCGAACUUGCCAAAACUUUUUAAACAAAUGCCUCAUAAAGUAUUUCCUUUUCAAACCCACUUAUAUCGUACUCCCAAAGGAGAACAUCAGGAGAAUGUAUAUAAAGUCAAACAAUAUAUAAGUUUAGAAUCAGAACACUUCAGAAACAAUUUGGGUCAAAAACUUGUCCCACUGGACUCCGUUGCGUCGCGUUCUAUGCAUCUAAAGAAGCCGGUUUACAUAGGUGUAACAACUAAAGAUAAGUACGAUGAAAUUACCUUGGACGAUAAUAACAUAUCGAAAUCAAUUGGGACUACUCCGACUCCUCAUGACUUUUUAAUUAAUGCUGAUCCUAUUACAGAAUAUAACUAUAGUAAAACCAGUAUACCAAAAUUGUCAAGUACUGGUAAAAUUAAUAAUAAUAUUUAUAACGCACCGGAAGAUAAAAUAACUCCGUCAACUAACCAUAAACAUUCGGAUAAAUUGGGUAUAGUAAAAGAAAAUGAUGAAAUCAGCUCGCAGUCACCAUUUGAUAUCAACAAUGUUAUUUUACCACCUUUGAAAACAACUGCAAAAGAGUUAAAUAUUAAAAUAAGUGACGAAAUCAUUCCUGAAAACAAAAGUAAUGGCUCCAAUGUUGUUAAAACUAGUGAUGAUUUGCCCAAAAGUGAAACUCUUUCUCAAUAUAUUUACGAUCAUAUUGAUCAUAAUAAAUCCCAUUCAGACAGUAGACUGGAAGAGAAAGAUAAUUUACAUACCGAACUGAGUACUGAUACGUCAUUACUUAAAAAUACGUCUGUUCUAUCAACUGUAGACAAAACAUCCAUUAAUGUACAUAAUUUAAAGCUUAGCGGUGAAAAACUUCGGGACAACUCGAAUACUUCUGUAAAUAAAUACUCCUCAUUAUACAGCCAGCUUGAUAAUGCCUCGAAAAUUAAUGACGUUCAUGUAAUUGUUGUAAAAAGUAAUGAUAGUGUUAUAAAUGUUGUAGAAAGUAAUGAUAGACAGGCCAAUAAUGUGCAUACUAAUAAUAGUAAUAGUGAUAAAAACAUUAUAAUACAUGUGAAUCUUGUAAAAGCUAAUGAUACUGUAGGUGAAGUGCCCAUUGACGCACACCUUUCUCAGUUACUUGACGAACAAAUCAGUUAUAAUAAUUCCAACAAAUCGAAUCGAAUUUUCGAGCCGGAAAACCAGGUUAAAACCAAUGUACACACAAAUUCACCUUUACCCCGCGAAGAGUCUUCUAUAUCGCCUAUUUUAGAUAAAGAUCCCAAUGUCAAAUCUCCCGAUAAUAAUCAAAAUAUGUUUAAUUUAGAUCUAGAUGGAAACGAUGUAAAAACGAAUGCUAUUUCGAAUACACCAAUAUCGGCCUACAAUGAUUAUGGCCAACCUAUAACUAAUUCACCACCAGUAAACUACACACUUGAACAAAUUGGUGAUAUUAAGAAAACUUCAACUAGUGAAAGUGCAACUAUUACUUCUAGUACCGAAUUACCUCAUGGAUCGGAGACUGGUCGGAUUUCUUUAAAAAAUAGUCCUAUAGUAGAAACAGAUGACUCUGCAAAUGAAGAGGGGGAUAAGGAGUCGCAAAAUUUCAGUGAAAGCUUCACAAAAGGCAGAGGGGACAUUCCUUACCAAUAA